AUGCCAGCCGUGGUUAUGGCUAUCGUGGCUUUCUGCAGCUCUAUCACUCUCAUCCCCUUAUCCUCUCACUGUCUCGCUAGAGUGGGCUUGAGAGGCAGGGAUCUCCUUAAACCUUACAAGCAGCUGGUCCCCGAAUCUCUCGGCAUUGUUCCGGCGUGCGUUUUGAUCGUGUUGCUCUUCCUAUUCACCCCAGUUUUCUUCGCGAAUCACCUCAAAACACACGCUAGCAAUCUACAGCCACAAUUUCCUCAUCAUAAACUCUCCACUUACCUUUCUGCGUUACUCUCCCUCCAAACUGCAACUCUCCUCGGCUUCUUAGACGACCUAUUCGAUAUUCGCUGGAGGUAUAAACUGCCGAUCCCCCUGAUUGCCAGUAUACCCAUGUUAGUUGUGUAUUUUGCAGAAGGCGGCAUAACAGACGUCGUUAUCCCUUUGCCCUUACGCCAGCUACUGGGCCGGGUGGUGCAUCUGGGCCCCCUCUACUACAUAUACAUGGCGAUGCUAUCUACGUUCUGCACCAACAGCAUCAAUAUUCUUGCCGGCAUAAAUGGGAUAGAGGUGGCGCAAGCGGUUGUGAUAGCGGGGAGUGUCGCCAUUAAUGAUCUCUUACACCUGCCCUUAUCGCAUGGUUUCGUCAGCCAUCUCCCGCAAUUCGCUGCUCAUUGGUCAUCGACCGCUCUCGUAGGCCCCACUACACAGGAGCAAGCUGAGCGCCACCUCUUCUCCCUCUGCUUCAUGCUUCCCCUUAUAGGCGCGUCGCUGGGGCUGCUUUAUCAUAACUGGUACCCCGCACGCGUAUUCCCCGGUGAUACCUACUGUUAUUUCGCCGGCAUGGCAUUUGCGAUAGUGGCGGUCUUAGGGCAUUUCUCCAAAACGUUGCUACUUUUCUUCCUACCGCAAGUGAUCAAUUUCGGUUUGUCGACCCCGCAGCUAUUCGGACUGAUGGCAUGUCCGCGGCACCGUGUGCCGCGGUAUGUGCAUGGCACGGGAGUACUUGAACCGAGUCGGGCGUAUUUCGACAAGCCGCCCGCCUUCUAUGUGAGCGUGCCGCUGCGUGUGCUGAGCGCCGUAGGCGUUGUGCAGCUGGAGGUAGGCGGCAACGGACGCAUUACUUGCUCUACUAACCUCACCCUCCUCAACGCCUUCCUCUGUCUCUUUGGCAAAAUGUCGGAGCGUCAACUCGCUUCUGUCACCGUCGUCUUCCAAGUUGCUUGUUCUGUCCUCGCUUUUGCUGUUAGAUAUGGCUUGGCGGGGUUGGUGUAUGAUUAG